AAAGGGGCGUUCGCCAGCUGUCAUGGUCAAGACAGCUUCUUGAUAAGUGAAGUGAGAGCUUACUUUCUGAAAAAAACACUUGAUACCAUCAAACAUCAAGAUACUUUUAAAGUGGGAACAUGAUGCAGAUGAACACUUGAUUGCUGCAGAAGUCCUGAAGUUUGCCUUUAAUUAAUGCUGUCAUGAAGUCAAUGAGAAGCCUAAUUUCUCUGUACUUCUGUAUGAUUAUUUUGAUCUCAACGUGUCCUCUACUUUCAGCAGCCAACUCUUCCAGCACCAGUCUGUGGGGAAAGAAGUUGGAGUUUAAAGGCCCUACGUGUCUGUGGCAGCUCCACCCGGAAGUGAGGGUUCCGGUUCUGACGGAGCUAAGCGUCUGCAUCCUUUUAAAACGCACUAUUUCAGCAGAAUGGACAGGCUUUCUUUAUAGAUCUAGACUCUCCAAACAGAAAGAGCUGGGAAUUGGAGGCAAUUCUGCAAAGUUGAAAGUCUGGCUUUUUGGAAAGCAGUACCUAAUUCACUAUGAACUCAGAGUUAAGGAAUGGUAUUCAAUUUGUCUCACAUGGUCUGCUAAAAAACAGAAACUGAUGGUGUACUUAAAUGGAACCACUCUGACAGAGGAAUAUCUUUAUUCAGAAGGGGCACCCCAGCAACUGGCAGAAAAUGGCACUCUCACUCUGGGGGUGUCUCAUUUAUUUUACCCUAGUGGUGAAAUACAGCCAGAGAGCGGUAACAACCUGCUUGGUGAGAUAGGUCUGUUCAGAAUGUGGGGGAAGGAGUGGAGCGCUGAGGAGCUGAGCAGCCUGGGCUGUGCAGAAGGGGACGUGGUGAGGUGGGAUCUGCAGCAGUGGAAAUAUGGCUGCCCUCCUCUGCCUGACAACAAUCUAUACUGCGGCUGGUCUAAUUACAAAAUUCAUAUGUGGACAUCAGUAAUUGGAUUCACAAACCCUGAAAAUUGUUCACUGCCUCUGGAAGGAAUCACAAGAAACUGGCUUGUGAACAUUUUUCCCCAAAACAUUUCUGUCCAAGACAUUUUUGUUUCAUCUCAAAGGCCAACCUGCCAUGUGCACCAACAGCAGGAUUUGGAAGAAAAAUCUAACUCAGUCUGUGAGAAAUGUUUCCGCUGUGAGGUCUAUGUGAGCGUGGAUCCUGCUACUAACGUAAAAACAGUUCAGACGGACAUUUCUGCUUUACUGAGUAUAAAGCUCUCUGUCAACUUCCUCACCAUAGAAGCUGUCCAUGACAGCAUCAACGUACUUCCUGCUGAGAUUUUUCCUCAUGUGACAGGACCACCACCGACUGUCACUGCCUCAUUAACCACCUCAGAUAGAGGUCUGACAAAGAGCGCACCACCUCGGCCUGCUAAUCUGUCAACAACAGGAGAACCUUUAGAUCUCACUGUAACAGUUGUCAUGCCAGAUCAGUUUUUUCGAGUCAAUUUGACCUUACUCAUAAGAGGGAGCCUAUUAAGACCAAAGGACACCAUUGAGAAAUGGCUGAAACAACAGCUUGAGGUCAAUAAAACCAUGAAUAUGGUGAAUCUCAUCAUAAAGGAAAAUGUCAGCAGGAGAAUAAAAGAGUACACUGGCUUAAUGAUACCAUACAGCAAACCGAAGCAAUACUACUGCACCUUUCAUGUUCAGGAGUUUCGCAAAAAAAAUGCGGCUGAAGUUGAAUCCUUAAUUCAUUCUGCCUUGACAUCAAAAUACGAAAAUGUCUCUUUUGCAAUUCAGACAGUGAAUUUAUCAAUCAAAUACAUAGUGCCAAAAAGCUGUUUAGAAGAAGACAUCUCAUCAAUUUAUGGACGAUACAUUUGGCCAGAAACAUUCCCACAAUUCAUCACACAGAUGGGAUGCAGGAAACCAUCAUCAAAUAGAGCACACAGACUUUGUAAACUAGACAUUUUUACUGACACAACCAGCUGGGCUGAUCCUGAAAUGACAAACUGUGACAAGCUUGUAACAAUAUCAGACAUCAGCAACAUUACAGUCACACCUGGUAAUGCAGGUGAGGUUGUGGACAUAAUUCAGGACCUGGUAGAUGCUCAGCUCAGUAAUAACUCCCAGCUGUCUUCCUCUGAGCUGGGAUCUGUGGUUGAGAAGCUAAGGGAAGUGGUUCAUUUAAGCAUCAUUGAGCCUGAAGUUGGCCUUGAAAUUGUGAACAUUGUGUCCAAUAUCCUGCUUUCUGAAACUGAUGUCACACCAGUGGCUGACAUUGUCCUUAAUCUAACAGACCAGCUCGGGAACAGCAUGGAAUUCCAAGGGGAAACAACAAAUAUAAAAGCUCCUUUACUUGCCCUUUCCAUGAUCAAUGUUGAUCCAGAUGAGUUCAGUGGCCUCACCUUUGGUGUCUCCCUCUCAUCUACAAUGAUCCCUGAGAUUUUUGUCAACAAGAGCUUUGUCAGCCAACCACUUGCAGAGACAAACGCAACUAUUUCUUUGCCUUCUGACCUCAACAACUAUUUUCCACCUGGAGUGAGCAACAUUACUCGUGUGCAGUUUCAUUUUUAUGGAACGCCCGACCUUUUUCAGGACCUUAACUUAACCAAUGAAAGAGAAAGCAAUUGGACAUUAAACUCCUAUGUAGUAUCAGCCAGUAUUAAUAACAGCAAAGUCAUCAACCUGAAGGAAAGAAUAGUGGUGACCCUCAAACAUCAAACACCCAAAAAGCCAGAGGACAAGGUGCAGUGUAUGUUUUGGGAUUUCCAGAAGUACGGUGGCCUAGGUGGUUGGAACCGCAGUGGCUGUGAAACCCUGAGUAUUUCUUCUCAUCAGACCAGCUGUCUCUGUGAUCACCUCACACAUUUUGGUGUCCUGCUGGAUGUAACCAGAAGGCCCAUCAGUGAAAAUGACUCACAGAUUCUCACACUGAUCUCAUACGUUGGUUGUGGUGUCUCCUCCAUCUUUCUAGGAAUCACUUUACUCACCUACCUUAUUUUUGAGAAGCUGCGUCAGGACUAUCCAUCUAAGAUACUUAUCAAUCUGUCCACUGCACUGCUGGGUUUGAGCAUUCUCUUUCUUGUUGACUCAUGGCUGUCAGCCUUCUCCAACUAUGGCGUGUGCAUCACGACAGCUGCUUUCCUCCAUUAUUUCCUCUUGGCCUCCUGCACCUGGAUGGGGCUGGAAGCCUUUCACAUGUACUUCGCACUGGUGAAAGUUUUCAACACCUAUGUCCCCUCCUAUAUAUUGAAAUUCUGCGCAGUUGGAUGGGGUAUUCCUUUGCUGAUAGUCAGUCUGGUGCUUGCCAUAGAUAAAGAUGCUUAUGGAAGCUCUGUACCUGAACAAGCAGGAGUGGCGCCUCAAUCCACUGAACAGUUCUGCUGGCUGCAGAAUGACAUCUUCUACUAUGUCACAGUGGUGGCAUUUAUUCUCCUCGUCGUCUUGGGCAACAUCGGCGUGUUCAUUGUGGUUCUGAUCCAGAUCAAAAAAAUGAGGGCGAACACACUGUCAGCCAACAGCCGCAGCGCCCUGCAGGACUUCAGAGCAGUGUUUGGCCUCACUGUUCUGUUGGGCCUGACGUGGUCAAUGGGCUUCUUUACAUUCGGACCAGGACGAGUGGUCAUGAUGUACCUGUUUGCAAUCAGCAAUUCUUUUCAAGGGUUUUUUAUUUUUCUGUUCCACUGUUUGAUGAAGGAAAAUGUGAGGAAACAGUGGAGAAUCUAUUUGUGCUGUGGACGGGUCAAUGAAAACUCAGACUGGAGCCGCUCUGUAACAGUGGGCGCUCGUAACAAAAAAGAGGACAAUAUUGUCAACUCUGACUCACUUCCCUCUGACAACAUCUCCUCCAUCAAGUCACUGACUCCACCCUACAAUCCCCAACACAUUCACACCGCUAGGUGGCAGGUGUGAGUCUCUGAAUGAUCAAAGAUGAGAUGCAUCAGUCACAAUUUUACAUACAAGUGAUUUUGUUAAUGAGCAGGGAGAGAUCACCAAAAGCACAUUUCUGAGGUGUUACUCAGGGGGUUUUUUACAACGAAAAUUUUCAUCUUAAAGUAUUGCCACAUGUGAGAAAUUAACACUAACCGUAUGAUCAGUUCAAAGGAACUGAAAACCCUUUAUAUCAGGUAGGCAAUACUAAAAGUCUUAAUGUUUUAAAUCCACCCUGCACCUUUAAGGGUUUCAGCAGUUUUCAAUGAACCAAUACAAAUUUUUUACAUAUUGUUACAUUUGUCAACUUCGUUAUAUAUUUGACGGAAACUCCUGUUCAUGCUCUCUUCACCUCUUUGUGGUUCCACUACAGACAAUUCUUAAAGGUGUCCCUGAAUAUAAUUUUGAAAUAAACCAUGUUCAUUUUGAUGUUCUUUUAUUUACUGAGAACUAAUAAGCUAAUGAGAAAUAGAGUCUGAACAUUUUUUUAUCUGUAUUUUUAUUUUUUUGGUAAUAAUUGUGCAAUUUGAAAUGAUACAUACCAUAAUUUGAUUAAAACAACAGUACUUUAUAAGAUAUAUUCUGUAUAAUUUAUUGUUGAAAUAAAAAACAAUGCUAGCAUGA